AAUGAGCCGGGUACGACCGUUCACAGGCUGGGAGUAAGGAGUGGCUCGCCAUGCAACGGCUCGACGAGCGGCAGACGAACCAGGUUACAUCGCGCUAGACUACGAGGAAGCGUUCCAAGGGACAGGUGAAGGGCCUGGCGCUAAACGCCCAUGUCAAUGCGCAGCAGCAUCCUUCGAGAAGCCAGGCAGAGGUGCCGCACUAGAUCCAUUAUCUAUUUGUUAAGAUGGCAGCGGCGCCUUUGAUGGAAGGCUCGAUCAGCUCACGACUAUUUCGAGCACCUGCGUCUCAGUUCAUGCUGCCUUUUACACUGGGACAUUAGGGUCGAGUAAUCCCGAGCAUGCUGGCUGUCUGAGGCGUGACAUGACCACCCAAACGGCCCACAUCAGCGACUACUUACUAUGUCACUCAAGAUUGAGGAUGCUGUGCCUCCGCCGCAUCUAUUUUCAAGCCGGUCGGCUACAUGGCCCAGUUCCUACGCUUCUCAAGCUGGUUCACUAGGUUCAUCGCCUGCUGCAAAGUCUCCCCAGCCAUCUCAUGCGUUCAGUCGCAUGCACGAGAGACCCAUGUCUUCACACAACAUCGAUAACCUGCCAACAUCUGGCUGGUACGAUCCGUCCAUGACAGCCCACGACAUGCAGUACACCGCAUACGAACAUUAUGUACCGCCCCGAUCGUCCAUCGUUCUGUCUCCAUCUGCAACUUCGUUCCCGCAAGCAGGUCAAGCGUCCUCCUCCAUUACCCAUGUCGACUCAUCAGCAAGAGUUCUGUCUCCAGUACCAGUUUACCCUCAGAGCUCACUACUGAAGGAGUGUGCACAGCAAUCGGUUGAGCUCCCGCUGAUAUCGAAUUCGACCUCACAGCGGUCACCAACACGUGUGAAAGCCAAGGCUCGUAGCCAACAGUCUCCUCAUAGCGAAUUCUCUGUGGCGCAACCUGGCCCGGUCGCGUCAUGGUCUGUCGAUUCUCUUGGGAUUCACACACCCUCGGCACAGUCGGAGUCGUAUUACAUCAACUUUGCUCAGCACGCACGAGGUCUCCGCACGGGGGACACAUCGCUGGAUAUGAUGUUGAGUGCGUCGCAAGCCCGGCGCGGAUUCACGGCCAUAGCACCGCAGCCCACAGACGCUACCACAUUAAUGGGUGCAAAGAGAUCACGAGAGGAUGACAAUCAAGCAGAGAUGUCAAAGAGGAGGCGGCGAUCCGAGUCGGCCAUGUCGACGCAGCUCGAGCUUACUGAAGAGGAUAGACUACUGCUGAAGUUGAAGGAGGAAGAGGCCAUGCCUUGGAAGGACAUUGCAGCGCGGUUCCAGGGUGAUCUGGGCAAACAGUAUCAAAUCCCAGCUCUUCAAAUGCGACUGAAACGACUGCGGGAACGAAUGCGAGUGUGGGGCGAGGCAGACGUCAGAGCUCUGCGCAUGGCGCACGAGUACUGGGCGCAGAACAAGUUCGAGAUCAUCUCGCAGAAGAUGCUCGAGUUUGGCGCUCAGGAGAAGUGGACGGCACGCCAGUGCGCUCGCAAAUGGGCAGCAGGUGAUGGACUGCCGACACCGAUGCCCCAGUACGAUCAGCACGCACAACACACUUUCACGCCGUACUCGAUGAGCCCUGCCGAGCCGGCGACGUCGUUUCUGCCGUACAUGCAGUCGUAGCGGCGCAGCGCACUGGGCGGCGCGGGUCUGUAGACGAUGACUGUGUAGCUUUGUCAGAUGGGGGUGGGUUUCAUGGCGCUUUGGUGCAGGGUUUUGACGCGUUUUGGUUGUUUUUUUGCGCUCAGCGCGCAAUGCUGGGACAUGGCCGUUCUCUCCAGUGUCCCAGUGUGCAUGCUGUCUACCCGUUUCUGCUAUAUACCCUCGCUUGCACACCUUCCAGCUAGCAUUGCACUCUGCCAGGGUGUAUGAAUGAACAGCAUGCCGGCCUAGUCUCGUUGUUGACAGCGUGAGAUGCGCCGUGGAGAAGCUUGGAGGGAGGCCUUGUGGGCGGGGAG